CAGAGAGAAAAAUAGUGCCUUUUUUUUUUACAGAGAAUCUUUGUGAGACAACAACCCUGACACAUUCAUUAUCUUCCAUUUCUAGAGAGAGAAAAUAGUCCAAAGUUUGAUUUUUGAAUUCUUUUUGUGAACUGAAACUGUUAAUUUGUUAUCUUAAACUUCAUGUCUUGUCGUUUUUUAGUUAAGUGUGAAGCUCGUUUACUUCUUACAUAGCUUCAGUAUACUUUUUUUUCCAAAGCUUGAUCAUCAAAUCACAUUCUAGGUGGAAGAUUCUUCUGAUUUUUAUUGUUUUUAUAAAUAUUUUGGAAAUUAUUAUUAUUAAAUGAGAUCAUGUGUGUUUUCUGUCUGUUUCUCAAUAAUGAAGAAGAAACCAUUUUUGGGUGUUUCUAAUUUUGAGAAAAGUGUUUCUGGGUCUUUGUCUUAGUGUCUUUGGAGAAUGAAAGACACGUUUUUUAUGAAGAUCAAGGUGUCUCUUCAUUCAUUAUUCUAGAAACAUCCCAAUAAUUUGUAUUAUUGUUGAGCCAUUUUCGUGUGUGUGUGUGUGUGAGAGAGAGAGAGAGAGAGAGAGAGAGAGUUAACUGUGAAGAUUAAGCCAAACCGGGUUGCUUUUCAGUUACUGGUUCUUUAAGAAAGACAAUGGAGAACAAGAGUGUUUUAGGCAUCAUAUGAUGACCAUAAACUCCUUGAAUAUUUUUUGACAAGACAAGUCAAUUUGAUUUCAGCUUCUUUGUGAUAAUCAUCAUUUACUUUUUGCUCCUACCAAAUCAAAGAUUAUGGUGGAAGAUGUUGAUUCACGUUCAACAGAAGAUUGGUUGUUACAUGCAAAGAAGCUUGUCCCUAUUGCUCUUGAUAAAGCAAAAGAGGUUAAAGGCUUUCUUUGUAGAUGGAAAAUGAUAAUUUCUAGAUUAGAACAUAUCCCAUCAAUGUUAUCAAAUUUAUCAAGCCAUCCGUGUUUCUCAAAGAAUGCUCUUUGCAAGGAGCAAUUGCAGGCUGUGUCGAAUUCACUCGGCGAAGCGGUCAAAUUGGCUGAAUUGUGUGUGAAGGACAAGUAUGAAGGUAAGCUUCAGAUGCAGAGUGAUCUCGAUGCGUUAACCGGUAAACUUGAUUUAAAUUUAAGAGAUUGUGGACUUUUGAUCAAAACUGGUAUGCUCGGCGAGGCUACUUUGCCAUUAGCUGCGGCUGUGUCUGCGGCCGAGUCAUGUUCUGUGGCAGAAUCAGAUGCUGCAGCACACAACAACAUAAGGGAAUUACUCGCGCGGCUUCAGAUCGGUCACUUAGAAGCAAAGCAUAAAGCUCUGGACAGUGUUGUUGAGGUUAUGAAAGAAGAUGAAAAGAAUGUUUUGGCUGUUCUUACUAGGAGCAACAUUGCUGCGUUGGUUCAAUUGCUUACAGCAACAUCAACAAGGAUAAGAGAGAAAACAGUUACUGUCAUAUGCUCGCUGGCCGAAUUGGGUAGUUGUGAGGAUUGGCUAGUUUCUGAAGGAGUUUUACCGCCUCUUAUAAGACUUGUUGAAUCAGGCAGUGCUGUAGGUAAAGAAAAGGCUGCAAUAUCACUUCAGAGGCUAUCGAUGUCAGCUGAAACAUCGCGUGAAAUCGUUGGACAUGGUGGUGUUUGUCCGCUUGUUGAGCUUUGUCGAACCGGUGAUUCUGUUUCGCAGGCUGCUUCGGCGUGUACGUUGAAGAAUAUAUCAGCUGUUCCAGAGGUGAGACAAGUUUUGGCUGAAGAAGGGAUUGUGAAGGUAAUGAUCAAUUUGUUAACCUGUGGAAUGCUGUUAAAUUCCAAAGAAUAUGCUGCAGAAUGUUUGCAGAAUCUCACCGCAAGCAAUGAGAGUCUAAAAAAAAGUGUUGUAUCAGAAGGUGGUGUUAGGAGUCUUUUGGUUUAUCUUGAUGGUCCACUUCCUCAAGAAUCGGCUGUUGCGGCAUUAAGGAAUUUGGUUGGAUCGGUUUCUGAGUCAACAUUGGUUUCGUUAGGACUACUUCCUCGUUUGGUUCACGUGCUGAAAUCUGGAUCCAUCGGAGCACAACAAGCCGCUGCAUCAGCAAUCUGCCGAGUUUGUAGCUCAACCGAGAUGAAAAGAUUGGUCGGCGAAGCCGGGUGCAUUCCUCUCCUUGUUAAGAUGCUUGAGGCUAAACAAAACAGUAGUAGAGAAGUUUCUGCACAAGCAUUAGCAAGCUUGAUGACUGUGUCUCAGAAUAGAAGAGAAGUUAAGAAGGACGAUAAAAGCGUGCCGAAUUUAGUUCAGUUGCUUGAUCCUAGUCCUCAAAACAAUGCAAAGAAAUAUGCAGUUUGUUGCCUUGGAUUGAUUUCUUCAAGUAAGAAAUGUAAGAAGCUAAUGAUCUCAUAUGGUGCUAUUGGAUAUCUUAAGAAACUUACUGAGAUGGAUAUUGCAGGAGCUAAAAAGCUACAUGAGAGAUUGGAAAGAGGGAAAUUGAAAAGUUUGUUUAGCAAGAAAUAGUGUAAAAAAGUGUUGCAUCCUUUUUUUGUAUCAUGAUGCAAAUGCAAAAUAGCUAUGAUUGUAUAAACUGGAAUGCACAAGCUUGCUGAUCCAUGUAUGUAUAUUGUAACCAAUGUUACAUUACAUAUAAUAUAAAUAUUUAAACUUUGUGUAA